CGAUUCUAUUUUCAGCACCGCGGUCACAAUCUGUUUGUUUAAGCCGAUCAGGUCGACGUUACUCGACGUACUUGGUGUUAUGUAUAUAUAUAUAUAUAACCGAACAUGACUAGAACUAGCACGUGAAGUCAUGAAGACUGCCAUUCUUUGUUUUCUCGUCUGUGUGUUUUGCACAGGACAGGAAUGUGACCAGAAGAAAGCGACAGAGUGUUUGACGCCAAAGAUGGACUCCGUGAACUCUGCCAAACGGUCAGGGAAUAUCACAGCUCAGUGCGCGGUGACGACAGACAUCAUACUGUGUUUGCAGGUUAUACCAAACUGCGUCAACAAAACGGCUGUCAAGAUCGCACUGGGCACUCUUAAGGAUUUAGGCUGUCCUGGUUUUGGAGUGAAGAGUUGCGUCCCCUCAUUGAUUCUUGUAAAUAUCCUAGCGCUGAUGGUUACAUCUACCCACGUGACCCGAUGACGUCAGCAGAUGAAUUAGCACGCGACUGUCACUUGGGAGAUACUGUGACACAUGAAUCUGUGAUAUUCUACCAUUUGUCCGAACAGGGUGAUAGUGAACUACGUUCCGUCCACACUGACCCACAGUACAUGUCCUGUUAUACCCCAGAUAAGACAGACUAUAGCGUAGCAUGCCGAGAAGGGGGCACUCUCGUGUAUAUGAGUAUGUGUGUGUAUGGGGGGGAGGGGGGAGAGGCACAAGCCAGAUUUUAUCCAUAUUUAUAGAGUACUUUAUUGUCUCUGAUUAGGGGCCACAGGUACACAAACACCUCUAACCCCCGGUUCCUAGGGCCUGUAUUUUGGCGUGGUGCAUAGGCGUACAGGAUAGAAGGGGGGGGGGGGGGGGGGGGGGGGCAGGCUGGUUGUUGCCCGAAUUAAACGAAAAUGCUGGAAUCUGGAUUACAACAUUUAUUCAUAUUAACAUUACUGCUAAACAGCUAUAUAGUGUUGAAAACGAAUUGCUACGCAUUUUUAUACGGAAUACAACUAAUUUUGAGGGUUGUAUGAUGGAAAUAAAUGAUAAAAAGGUA